CCUUGCAACGCUCGACAAGCGGCAGCGAACGGACGCCCCAGACCUCUCCUCGCUCCAAGCCCCCACUCGCCAUGGCGAUGACGCCUGCCGCACCGGCCGCCGCCGCCGUCGUCGCCCAGGGCGGAGCGCACAGCGUGUUCGUGUACGGGAGCCUGAUGGCGGACGAGGUGGUGCGCGCCAUCCUCAAGCGCGUCCCGCCCGCCGCCCCGGCCCUCCUCCCCAACCACCACCGGUUCAACAUCAAGGACCGUAUUUAUCCAGCGAUCCUGCCAGUUGAAAGCAAGAAAGUUGCUGGAAAGGUUAUCAUGGGUGUUACUGACGAAGAACUACAGGUUCUGGAUGCAUUUGAAGAUGUGGAGUAUACAAGGACAAGAGUUGAGAUAUCUUUAAUUGGUUCUUCGGAGACAAUGCUGGCUGACACUUAUGUGUGGAGUGAUGCAGAGGAUCCAAAUCUUUAUGGCGAAUGGGAUUUUGAGGAGUGGAAGAAGCUGCAUAAAAAGGAUUUCCUCGCAAUGACUAAUGGUUUCAUGCAUGGGCUCGAACGGCCUGAAUCGAAGACUCGGGUAGAGACCUACCAGUCAUUCAUGCAACAACAGGAACAGCCUGCGUCGGAGACCCAGGUCGAGGUUUGAGACCUACUGAUCUGCCGGCCAUUCUCCGGGAAUAAUUGUAUUGGCAGUGGGCUGUAGUAUCUGUAUAGUCACCUAUAUGAUUUGUGAAUAAGAUCUUUAUAGGAUCAUCCGAUAAUAUACAGGCAUAUCAAAUAAAAUUCCCUACGGGAGAUUUCUAUU